AUUUGGAGUCGUGGAGAAUUCACAGUCUUUCCACAAUGGGAGAAAGGACAGAUUGUACGAAGUCGCAUAGUUCGCUGGCUGAAUACAGCCCCGUCAAUAAAUCAGACAGGACAGAUCCAAGGGACAGCUGUGAAAUUCAGGAUGGAAACCAAAAUGCAAUGCAACUGAAGAAAGAAAUAUCUUUGAUAAAUGGGAUAAGCCUUAUAGUAGGCAACAUGAUUGGUUCAGGUAUCUUUGUCUCUCCCAAAGGAGUUCUCAUCUACAGCAAAUCUUAUGGACUGUCUCUAAUAAUUUGGGCAAUUGGAGGGAUUUUUUCAGUCUUUGGAGCUCUCUGCUAUGCUGAACUUGGAACCACUAUUACGAAGUCAGGAGCCAGCUAUGCAUAUAUCUUGGAGUCUUUUGGGAGCUUCAUUGCUUUCAUUCGUUUGUGGACCUCACUCCUAAUUGUUGAGCCAACUAGUCAGGCAAUUAUAGCCAUCACCUUUGCUAACUACAUAGUUCAACCCUUCUUCCCUUCUUGUGAUCCUCCAUAUUUGGCUUGCCGUCUCAUAGCAGCUGCUUGUGAAUGUCUUCUAACAUUUAUAAAUUGUGCCUAUGUUAAAUGGGGAACAAGGGUACAGGAUAUAUUUACUUAUGCUAAAGUCGCUGCCCUUAUUGUCAUCAUCAUAACAGGAAUUGUUAAAAUAUGCCAGGGACAUUCAUCACAGUUUGAGAACUCUUUUGAGGGAUCCUCUUUUGAUGUCGGAGACAUUUCCCUCGCACUCUACUCUGCCCUUUUUUCUUACUCUGGCUGGGAUACACUCAAUUAUGUAACUGAAGAGAUCAAAAACCCUGAAAGGAACUUGCCACUGGCUAUUGCAGUGUCUAUGCCAAUUGUGACUGUUAUUUAUAUUAUGACCAAUAUAGCUUACUACACAGUCCUGGAUGUGGAAUCUGUGCUUUCUAGUGAUGCUGUGGCAGUGACAUUUGCUGACCAGGUAUUCGGUAUCUUCAGCUGGACAAUUCCCAUUGCUGUAGCUUUUUCUUGUUUUGGUGGACUUAAUGCUUCAAUUCUAGCAUCAUCAAGGCUAUUUUUUGUAGGGUCUCGAGAAGGUCACCUUCCAGAUCUGUUGUCUAUGAUCCACAUAGAGAGGUUCACACCUGUGCCAGCUCUGCUCUUCAAUUGUGCUAUGACCCUUAUUUACCUGGCUGUAGAAGAUGUCUUCAAGCUUAUUAACUACUUCAGUUUCAGUUACUGGUUUUUUGUUGGUCUGUCUAUUGCUGGGCAAUUAUACCUACGUUGGAAGGAGCCAGAUCGUCCCAGGCCUCUUAAGCUGAGCGUGGCUUUCCCAAUAAUAUUCUGUAUAUGCACAGUUUUUCUGGUGGUAGUGCCACUCUACAGUGACACUAUAAAUUCAUUGAUUGGAAUUGCCAUAGCUCUAUCUGGAAUUCCAGUCUUUUUCUUGGGAGUCUAUUUACCUGCAUCAAGGAGACCUCAGUUUAUCAACAAGAUUUUAGGUACAGUCACACGGAACAUGCAGCUGCUCUGUUUAUGUGUCUUAACAGAGAUGGACCCAAAUGAAGAAAAGAAGUUGGAAAUCAAAUCCAAUUAA